AUGACCAAGCGGGCGAAGACGCACGCAAAGAAGAGUCGCGUUCGCGGCCACCUUCGCACCAAGGCAGAGGGGGUCCUCAAGCCUUUCACGAAGCCGAAGGGGAACCAGAACAGGGUGAACCCAGGCGCCAAGGUUCACGUGGCCGCAGCCAUCGUGAACAACAAGGUCCGCGUCUGGCACUACCUGCCCACCCUGUGGUGCGCCGACGCAGCCUGCGAUUUCUACGCGGGCGUCCUCGCUCCCGCGCUUCGCCGUUGCCGGAAGGGGCGCCGCGCCUUCCGCAUCCUGGGGGAUAACGACCCCGCGGGGUACAAGAGCAAGAAGGCCGUUGACUGCAAGCGGGGUCUCAAGAUCACCCCCAUCAAGUUCCCCAAGUAUUCCCCGGACUUGAACCCCCUCGACUAUUUCCUCUGGGCGGAGGUCAACCGGCGAAUGGCAGAGCAGAGCGCGCCGGCCAACGAGUCUCAGAGCGCUUACAAGGCGCGCCUCAGGCGCGUCGCCAUGGGCAUCCCGAAGAGCGUCAUCAGGGCAGCCGUGGCUAAGAUGAAGACGAAGGCGGCGGAGGGCGUCGUGGCCGAGGGAGGCAGGAUCCCGAGCGAUUGA